UACCACAGAAUGAGACAAUUCAGUUUUGUUUGUUUUCUGAUGGUUUCUGGAGACAGAACAGAAACAGAACAGAUGCCUUGGGAUGGAUGAGUAAUAGCCCAGUAGAAUAAAUCCUAUGAACUUUGUUGUCUAAUUUAUGAUGUGUGUAUGGGCGAAAACAAUCGAUUUAAAGUGAUCCAGGUUUUGGUUGGGAAACGGAUUGAGAAGUUUCACAGUCUGCGAGUUGAAAGUUAACUUCAAGUUCAACAUUGUUUGGAAGCUGCAUCAGCAAACACAAUAGAGAUCUAUUCGAGUAUGACAUGACUACUGAUAAUGACGAGUGUGCCACUUGUGUAAGGCAGGAUAGCAUCAACGCUAAUUAGCUCUGUCGUUUGUUUUAGAAGCCUAACGUUACUGGAUUUGGCAGAUAGCUUGCUAACAGCCGAUUCUAGUUUUAUUAUACAAGACUUGUGUAUUUUAGUAUCACUUAUAGCUUAUAGGCUAAAACCUAAGGGCAUAGUUUUGUGUUACUCGGAUACACUGAAAAAACACUCAGUGAAGGCAUGGAAGGUGGACCAGUAGGUGGCGACGUUCUCCUGCGGAAACUGAAACCCAAACUGAUCGAUAUCCUGACAGCAGAUACUGAUCUACUUCUGCAACACACCGACUCUCAGGGAUUGCUCACACGUCGAGAGUAUACACACGUCAAGUCGAUCACCAAUCCGUCAGAUAAGGUGCGCGACCUUUUGGAUUAUGUUAUCCAAAAAGGGAGUUCCAAAUCAUGGGGCCUUAUACAUCUCCUACAAGAAAAAGAAAUGGAGGAAACUUUUCCAAGACUCAUUUUCCUGAAGGAGCUAACCCUAAAUGAAAAGAACAUUGAAAUGUGUCCGACACAGAACUGUGGAGUCAAAAGAAAACAGACAAUGGAUGUGGAAGAAUCACCUUCGAAGCAGUUAUGCACAAAUGCGGUUGUGACUGAAAAGCAAUUGAUGCUGGUUGCAAGCAAUAUGGGUCGGUCUUGGAAGCAGUUUGGCAGAGUGGCCUUGGGUAUCUCAACAAUAAAGUUGGAGCAGAUUGUUGAGGACAACCCUUGCUACCUAGUGGAGCAGAUAUUUGCCAUGCUGCGAUUCUGGAGCAUGCGUGAACGGUCAGAGGCCACUGCCAAACGCCUUCAUGGCCUGCUUUCUCAAGGUGACUGGGCACUGCCUCCCGAGAGCAUUCAUUUCCUCCUUGAUGGCAGUUGAAAGGGAAAUGAAUUCACCAUGGCAACACUCCACACAGAACAGAACUGAUCAAUUCUACCCUAAUUCCAUACUACCACCACAAGUGACCAAAAGUACUUUUUUAUAUGUCAUUUAGUUAUUCAGAAUGAUGAUACAAUCAUUAUGUACAGAGGGUUUUAGUGUUUUUUUUAUUUUAUUUUAAAAACAAAUGACCUGUGUUGCAUAUUGGAUUAGGUCUUAUUUUUAAUGUUUUUAGUUGUAAUUAAGUUUAAAAACUGGAAAAAACACAAAAAAGUAAAAUUGGUAUAAAAUAACCUGAAACUUUUCCAUGGAAAAUACCACAAACGUGUGUACAUGUGUGCAAAGAUGCCUACUCAUGCAGUUAUCUUGCAGUAGAUUAUGAUGUGAUAAACUUUGUUUUCUAGGAAAUAUCACGUUGUUUCACCCUGAUGCACCCGGAGAGUUCAUGUGGUUUCACCCGUGUGCACUUUUGAGAGUGUUUGAAGUAUGUUCUUUAUGACCUAAUAACCUAACCUAUAACUGUAAGCUAGAUAAGUAGAGAAGUGGUAAAAUUCCAAGGGGAGCCCUAUAGUCCCGCCCCUCCUCCGAAAGGUCUUCCCGGAAGUAAGUUUCCCAUUAACUUCUCCAAUCGACAUCUGGAGAAUUGCGUAUAUAAAGAGUUUUAGACCAUGUCUUAGGCUAACCAGCUACGACAUGACUCAUAAUCACACAACAUAUCAUUAAGAGUAAAAAACAAACAAACAGAACAUCCAAAAAAAAGCAAAUUUACAAGACUGUA